AUGGCAGCACCUACUGGAAAUAAAAAUAUAGGAAUGAAAAUUGGAUUUGGAAUUAAUUGUGAUAUAAAUCCAACAACUAAAGUUGUACGGAAUACGGAGCAUGAGAUGUUCCGUGUAGCACGUUAUAAUUUAAGAAAUCAUUUAGUUGAAGAAGUAAAACGAUCAUCAUCAGUAAUUGAUUUCCAAUGGAACAGUCAUGCAAUCAAGGCUGACUAUGAUAAAAUUACAAAUAAAGUCACAGUUGAAUUGCAAGAUGGAAGAAGAGACGAGUGCAAUUUAUUAAUUGUUGCUGAUGCUAUGCAUUCGUCCGUUCGUCGUUACAUGUUUCCUGAAAUAAAACUAAAUUUUCAUAAACCUAUUCUUUUAACCAGUCAAGGUGUCAGUGUAUUUCUUGCACCAAUUGAUGAAAAAUCAUUUUUCUGGUUUCUAUCUUACCAUUCAGAACAACCAAGAUCUCCACCUUUGAUAGGUAGUGCCAUGAAUAAAGAUGAACAAGAAAAUCUAAUCAAUGAAAUUGUAGCACGUUCAAUGAAUUGUCUCAGUAACGAAUUUCGUUCAUUUGUUAAAAGAUGUGAUCGACAACGUUUGCUGAUCAUUAAUUGUUACGAUAAGUUUCCACAUCAAAAUCCAAGUGAGAAACAUGUUAUUUUUAUCGGAGAUGCGCUUCAUCCAAUGAGUUCAAUGGGAGGAAAUAGUGCAAAUAUGGCAAUCAGGGAUGGCGUAGAAUUUAUUGAAGUUUUAAUCAAAAACUAUGGUACGAAUAAUAAAUCUAUAGCAACUAACACUGAUCACUGUAUAUUCAAUUCAACAACUCAUGAUCUUCCAUUGACAUGGUCUUUUUCAACGAUUGAUCAAGUUAAACUUUGUUUCGACAACAUUCCAGUAAAUAACUUGACUAUAAACGAAACAAUGAAACAAUUAUUUAAUUCAUUAGAAUUUUAUAGUUUCUUAAGUAUAAUUCGUCAAAGUAAUCAACCUUAUUUUACAAAUGUUAAUCUUCACAAUGAAUUAUUAAGUAUUCUUCAUCAAUCAAAUAUGAAUAUGUACAAAAAUGAUUAUGAUUUUCAUAUGACAAUAGUAACAUGUUUUAAAAAAUUAAAAGAUUUUCAUACAAAAUAUUUUGCACCAAAUGGAUAUUCCAAAUUCGAAUUAUUAUUACCAUUUAUUCUAGAAUUUUUACCAUCGACAACACAAAUAAAAAUUAAAUUAGGAAUUCAUUUGUAUUCUUCUAUUAUUGGAAAUAAAUUAAAUAUGAAUUAUACAGAUAAAAUCAUUACAAAAAUUGAUGGUAUUGAUACAUUAGAAUAUAUGAAUCAUUUUGCUGAACAUUAUUCAUUUAUGAGUAAAGAUAAAAAUGUAAGAUUAAAUUCAGUAUUUCGAAAAGAAUUUUGGUUACGAAAUCUUGGACAAUAUCCAUUACCAUUGAAAAAUAAUAUUACAUUUACAUUUUUUGAUCAAAAUACUGAAACAACAGUUACAUUUCCUUAUCUAAUUAUAAUUACGAAAAAAUUUGAUAAUCAAAUUAGUUUAGAAAAUGAAAAUCGUUUUUCUUCGUCAUUACCAUCUGAAACAGAAAAUGUUUUUAAUUAUAUAAUUGAUUUCGAAAAAUUAAAUUGGUAUAAAAAUAAUCAUAGCAAUAACUUUGAGUUGAUAAUGGGUAAUAAUGAUAGUUAUUAUUAUAUUCAUAAGUCAACACAAACUGCAAUUAUUAAAUUAGAAUCAUUUAAUGAAGAAAAUUUUGAAGAUAUAAAGAAAAUAUUUUUAGCGGCCAAAGGAAAUACAUUAAUACUCGAUUUAAUAGGAAAUCAUGGUGGUCAUAGUUGUUUAGCUUAUGGUUUAUUAAAUUAUUUAGUUCCGGAAUAUUCGUCACUUCAUCUCUUGUAUGAACCAGUGGAUGGUAGAACAACAAAAUCAUUACGUUUAUUUUCAAAAAUAUUUAGUUUUUAUCCAAAUUCAAUAUUAAAUAUUCAAACUGGUUUAUCAUUUACAAAUAUGAGUUGGAUUGAACCUGCUUUUAAUUAUACAAGAGGUAAUUCUACAGAUGAAUAUUCAAUGCGUUGGUCUAUUAAUUGUGAUGGUGAAGCAUUUGGUAUGGGAAAAUUUUGGAUUAAAAAUAAUGAAAGGAAAUAUUUUCAAUCAAUUUAUGUUUUAACAGAUGGAACUUGUGGUAGUGCAUGUAGUUUAUUUUUAUCGAAAUUAAAAUUUGCUUCGAAUUUCAAAACAAUUUAUGGUAUUGGUGGAGGAUAUAAUGAUAAUGAUUUAUUUGAAAGUUCAAGUUAUGCAGGUGGUGGAGCAUUUCAGUGGAAUGAUAUUGUUACAUAUCAUAAUCAAUUUAGUACGAAUGAUUCAUUCAUUAAUCAUUUACCAACAAGUGCUCAGCUGAAUUUAAAUGUAUAUGAAAUAUAUAUUAAUGCAUUAAGUAGUGACUAUCCAAGAGAAUUUUUGAAACAACCGAUUGAUAAAAGAUUAUUAAUUGCAGAUUAUUUUAAUAGUCAACAAUCUUUAGAAAUGAUAAUCGAUGAUUAUACUCGUUCGAAUAGUCAAACUUUAACUGAUGCACCUGCAGUUAAUGCUGAUCCAACACAACCAUCAACAUUACCUGAACAUUUUCGCAGAAGAAAAUUAAUACGAAUCGAUGUUUCUAUUCUUAUUUUUAUGUUAAUCAUGACUGGUAUAAUCGUAGUUAUUGUUAAGAAAAAAACAGAGGAUAAAACUACAUCAAUAACAGAAGGAUCGACCGUUGAAUUAACAAUAAUAACGACCGAACCAUUGACAACAAAAAUAAUCAUUUCAGAGACGAUCGAAACCACAAUGCAAGAACAAUUAUUUACUUCUGUUACUAUUAAUAGUAAUAUGAAAUGGAAACAGAAUGCAUCUACUGUUGCUGGAGGACAUGGGCGAGGAAGUGCAUUAAAUCAAUUAAAUAGUCCUAGUGGCAUUUAUGUUGAUGAUGAUGAUAAUCAUAGUAUUUACAUCGCUGAACGCGAAAACCAUCGUAUUGUUAGAUGGGAAUUCGGUACAGAUGUUGGUGAAAUAGUGGCAGGUGGAAAUGGACCGGGAUAUGCAAUAAAUCAAUUGAGAACUCCAACGGAUGUAGUUCUUGAUAAAGAGAAGAAAUAUCUCAUUAUUUGUGAUUAUCACAACAUACGAGUCAUGCGAUGGUCUCUUCAAAAUAGUCAGAAUCAACAAAUAUUGAUAUCUGGUAUGCUUUGCUGUGGUUUAGCAAUCGAUAAUAAUGGAACUCUUUAUAUUACUGACGGUUUAAAACAUAGAGUCAGCCGUUGGCAAGAAGGAGAUACAGAAGGUACACUUGUAGCAGGUGGAAAUAAUGAAGGAAACCAUUUUAAUCAACUCAAUCUACCUAACUUUAUCUUUGUCGAUGAAUACCAUUCAGUUUAUAUAGCGGAUUAUAUGAAUAAUCGUGUGAUGAAAUGGAUGAAAACUGCAAUUGAAGGCACUCUUGCUGCUCCAGGACAAGUUGCUGGAGAAAAUCCAAAUUCUUUAUGUGGACCGGAGGGUGUGAUUGUUGAUCAUAUGGGUAAUAUUUACGUGUCGAACGGUGGAAGUCAUCAAAUAAAACGUUGGUCUCCAGGUGCAAUAGAAGGUGUUCCUGUCGUUGGUGAAAAAGAACGUGGAAACAAAUCCACACAGCUCAUAAAUCCUGGAGAUUUAUCAUUUGAUCGAGAGGGUAAUCUUUAUGUUGUCGAUAGAAUCAACCAUCGAAUACAAAAGUUUGCUAUUGAUCUUGACUAA